ACAGAUACAUAUACAAUAGUUGUCUCUACACAUAUUUUAUUCACAUAAAUAGUUUUAUUACCAUUCUUAUGAGUUACUGUAUGUCUCUUGUAUCCUCCGGCCCAGCGUUAUUUUUUAGUCUAGAUUAGUAAAUUGCCUUGGACAUCAUCGGUGAUAUGAACAUAUAUCACUUUUUCUGAAUCAUAUUCAACAUCCUCUCAGUUACUCAAGACUUAAUCUGGUACUUUAGCGUCAGAAUGGAUGGAAGUAUUGCUAAGAGAACAAAAUCAUCACGUGUAGUUCUUCCAAAUUACAAGAUAGGAAAGACCCUUGGCAUUGGUGCAUUUGGUAAAGUGAAGCUGGCACAUCAUAUUCUUACAGGCAUAAAAGUAGCAGUAAAAAUUCUUGAGCGCCAGUCUAUUGACGAAAAAGCUGCAGAAAAAGUGAGACGAGAAAUUAAUAUAUUGAGGCUACUCUCGCAUCCACAUGUUGUGCGUCUUUUUGAGGUCAUAGAGACUCCAACAACCAUAUAUAUGGUCAUGGAGUAUAUGGAUUCAGGUGAACUAUUUGAUCAUAUAACCGAGAAUGGUAGACUCAAUGAGGCUGAGGCUCGCUAUUUUUUCCAACAGAUUAUUUCAGGUGUAGAAUCUUGCCAUCUUCAUAUGGUGGUCCACCGAGAUCUGAAGCCAGAAAACUUACUCUUAGAUAAAAAACGAAAUGUCAAAAUUGCAGAUUUUGGACUUGGAAAUGUCAUGCGUGAUGGCCAUUUUCUCAAAACAAGCUGCGGAAGCCCAAAUUAUGCAUCUCCAGAGGUCAUUACUGAGCAACUUUAUGCUGGCCCAGAGGUUGAUGUCUGGAGUUGUGGGAUUAUCUUAUUUGCUCUAUUGUGCGCCAGACUUCCUUUUGAUGAUGAUAAUCUUCCAGGACUAUAUGCGAAAAUAAAGAGUGGAAUAUACACGUUUCCUACUCAUCUGUCCGUUGGUGCACGUGACUUGAUUGCUCGCAUCCUUAUAACUGAUCCAACAAUCCGUAUAUCAAUUCCUGAAAUACAUAAGCAUCCUUGGUUUCAACAGCAACUUCCACUACACAUUGCUGUCCGGCCCAAAAUAGUAACUUGUGAUCCGAAAGAGAUUAAUGAGGAUAUAUUCAAAGAGAUGGUUAAGUCGGGAUUUGACAGCUUUGAACUGAUUAACUCUCUCCAAAACGGUGUGCAAAACAAGGGAACUGUGACAUAUUAUCUGCUGUUGCACAAUCGAUUUGGAGCUCAGGGCAGUCACCAAAACAAUGAACUGUCUCGAGGCCUGGCAGAGGAGUGUACAGAUCGCCCAGAAGUAUACUUGAGAUCACCUCCUCAGUUAAAAACACAGUGGGCCCUUGGAUUUAGGUCAACAGCUUCUCCUCAUGAGACCAUGAUAGAUGUUCUAAAGGUUUUUGAGAGCUUAAAUGUGCGGUGGAAGAAAAUAGGAAACUAUAAUAUGAGGUGUCUCUUGCUCUCUCAUCUUUCUAAACAAGCAACCCUAAUGGAUGGUCCUCCUAUAAAAGAUAUAUAUGGCAAUGAGUUAAUUAUUACAAGCUUGAGAAGCAAAGCUCUCAAGUCCCAUGAUGCCGUCAAAUUUGAAAUUCAGCUUUACAAAGCCACUCCAGAAUUAUAUGUUCUGGAUUUGCAGAGGAUUUAUGGGCCACCCUUUCUCUUCCUCGAACUUUGUGCAUCAUUUUUCAGUUUGGUUGUCGCGUGUUGACGACCUUAAAUAGUGGUACAUGAAACUACUACAUGUUGGAGGUUCUCCAUCGAUAUUUUUGUUGUGAAAUUUCUGCUAGGUACCAGGCAAGGAAUGUUCCAAAUGCAUUUGGUCAUUUAUAUGUAGGUGUUUGUUGCCGGUUGCAAGUUGCAGUUGGUCUAUCUUAGUGAUAAUUAAUCACUUGUGUACUAUUUUUAAAUUCAAAGCAUCUUGGAGAGCAGCAAGCCGCUAUAUCACAGUGGAAGAUCAAAUGUACAUUAUGAUAGUUGAAACCUUCUGGCCAAGAUGAAUUGCAUCUUUGACCCUGUAUAUACAAAUACAAUAGCUUCUACUAGUACAUUACAGCCUUACAGGUAAAAUCUUAUUACACUAGUGUGCAGUAACGUAACUAAAGUACUUGUGUUAUUAUAGAUUAGAAAUGGUAAAAAUAUACAUAUGAAAGAAAAAGUUUGUUAAUAUAUAA